GGAAUCAGCUGUUAUUAGAUAGUCGCAUUCUCCAUCCCUGGCAUCCACGAAAGAAAACAAAAAGUUUUUGUAAAAAUUGUUUAGGAUAAAGCGAAAUGAGCGAAGCUGCGGUAGCUGUGGAGGGGGAGGAGAGAAUGGUGGCCAACAACAAGAUCCAUUUUUCAAAGGAGGUAAAACAGGUCAUCGACAAGGUCCUUAAAACAGACGACCCAAUGGAUGCGCCGGACUUCAAUACCGUGGACUACAUCAACCAGCUGUUCCCCAAUGAGCAGUCGCUGGCGGGGAUCGACGAAACCAUCCAAAAAAUGCAGUGCGAGGUGUCGCUGAUCGACGACAACAUCCGAUCCGUGGUUCGUGGCCAGACAAACACCGGUCAGGAUGGUCAAUUGGCUUUGUGCGAAGCGCAGAAGGUGAUCAGCUCCCUCUUUAGCCACAUCAUCGACGUGAAGACGAGAGCGGAACGCACCGAGGAGAUGGUCAAGGAGAUAACCCGCGACAUCAAGCAGCUGGAUUGCGCCAAGCGCAAUCUCACAGCUGCAAUUACCACGCUAAACCACCUGCACAUGCUAGUGGGCGGAAUCGAGAGCUUAAACAAGCUGAUCGAGCGGCGAUCCUAUGGAGAGAUACUAAAUCCCCUGCAGGCCAUUACCGAGGUUAACCAACACUUCCAGCAGUUCUCCGACAUCGAAGAAAUCAAGAAUCUCUCCCAGAGCGUGGACAAGAUCCAGGUAACACUGGCACAGCAAAUUACUGAGGACUUCAAGGAGGCCUUUUCGGCCAAGCCUGCGGCACAAAACCAACACCGUUUGGGACUCAAUCAGCUGGCGGACGCCUGCAAGGUGAUGUCCGUGCUGGAUCCCAAGGUAAAGAAGGAGUUGCUCAAGUGGUUUAUUGCCCAGCAGCUUGAGGAAUACACACAUCUGUUCCACGAGAACCAAGACAUUGCCUGGCUGGACAAAAUAGACAAAAGAUACGCCUGGCUGAAGCGGCAUUUGCUGGACUUUGAGGACAAGUACGGUCCGGUCUUUCCGCUGGACUGGGAGGUUUCCGAACGGAUUACAGUCGAGUUUUGUCGGCAGACCCGCGAGCAGCUGGCGCUGAUUAUGGCCAAGCGCACCAACGAGAUCGAUGUAAGGCUACUUUUGUUCGCCAUCAAUAAGACGCAGGCCUUCGAGCAGCUGCUCUCCAAACGCUUUACAGGAGUCACUCUGGGAGCUAAGCCGGGAGAGCCGGCGCGGGUGCUCACAGACCCAUCUGCGGGAGAUGCUCCCGUGGGCGUCACCGUCUUUCAUGACCAAAUCGGGCAAUGCUUCAAGUCGCACUUGGAUAUUUACAUACGCAGCAUCGAUCGAAACCUCGCGGAGCUGAUGGACAAGUUUGUGGAGAUGUCGCGGGAACCUUACAAGUUCGCGGAGGCCAAGACCACCGUGUACCCAAGCUCCGGAGACCUAUUUGUGUUCUACAAGAAGUGCAUGGUGCAGUGCAACCAAUUGAGCAACGAACAGCCUAUGUACGACCUCGCCCUGGUUUUUAAAAAGUAUCUUCGUGAAUACGCCGCUAAAGUUCUAGAGGGCAGUACCCCCAAGCUGGUGCCAGCCACCGCGGGCAGCUCCAUCGGCAAAAGCGUAUCGCUUCUCACGCGCGACAUGCAGAACUUGUCCACUGCCGCUGGCCAAGUGUUUCACAAUUUCCUAAAAGAGGGUGACACCCAGCGAUUCACCAGGGAUGACCUGGUGCGCAUCUGCUGCGUCCUGACCACCGGUGAAUACUGCUUGGAGACUGUCCAGCAGUUGGAAGAUAAGCUCAAGGAAAAGGUGACAUCUGCCUACGUGAGCAAGAUUGACAUGAGCGAGGAGAGGGACGUAUUCCAUCGUAUCAUAUCCAAUUGCAUCCAGCUUUUAGUCCAGGAUCUUGAGGCUGGCUGCGAGGCCUCGCUGCAGGCGAUGGCCAAGGUGCAGUGGCAGCAUAUAAACAACGUGGGCGAUCAGAGCGCCUUCAUCAACAGCCUUUGCGGCAACUUCAAGCAGACGGUGCCCACCAUCAGGGACACUUUGGCCAGUUCGCGGAAAUAUUUCACACAGUUCUGCCAUCGUUUCGUGGCUGCCUUCAUUCCGAAGUUCAUCAACGUGCUGUAUCGCUGCAAGCUUACACUCUCGGAUGGCUCCAAUAAUGUUCUGGGCUGCGAGCAGCUCCUGUUGGACACCCAUUCGCUAAAGACUGCUCUUUUGGAGCUUCCUUCGGUGGGCUCAAGCGUAAAUCGCAAGGCGCCCACCAGCUACACCAAGGUGGUGGUCAAAGACAUGACGCGGGCCGAGAUGAUAAUCAAGGUGGUGAUGACCCCAGUCCAGCCACCUGCCCACUUCACUCAGCAGGUGCUCAAACUCCUGCCCGACAUCACCAUUGCAGAGUAUCAAAAGAUUCUGGACAUGAAGGCAGUCAAGCGGGUGGAUCAACUGCAGCUAAUUGAUCUCUUCAAGCACACGGCUUCGGCUGCUGCGGUUAGUGGCUUAAUAGAGCCCACAACUGGUGAUGAGGAGGCUCAAGGGGGAGAUCAGGGUGCCGCAACCUCUGGAACCACCGACGAUGCCGAACCCUCGACAGGAGCCGCAGAAUCCGGCACGACAACGGCGACAACCACAAGCGUUGCAUCUUCAUCCACACCCAAGCGAGCCUUCAUCUUCAGCGUGGGAAGUUUCACGGGCAGCGCUGACAAGAACGCCGAUGGCAGUUCCCAGACUGGAAUCAGGAAGCUGGAGAGCCUGCUGAAGAAGCGCUUUCCCUAAGCCAAACACCUAUCUACUCUAAAAAAUCAUUCCACAUAGUUUGCUUUAGUUUGACAACAUUGGGUAAUGCUUAUUUGUUUAAUUUAUUGUUCCAAUCCGAUUGAAAUGGUGUAUUUAAGUUUAUUGAGACAAGUGACACAUUUAGAUUUGUAGUUCUGUAUUAUUUUGCAAUCCAUCCACGUAUGUAUUUAAAAAUUGUUUAUUAAAAUUUAGUCUGUUGUUUAACAAGACUUAUAUAAUUUAAUAUUCUCCUCUUUAUAAAAAAUAAAUAAAAGACCCAAACCAA